AUGCCGCGGCCCUUUGGAGUCUGGGCGCCUGCUACGACGCUUGCAGAGUACCGUGCGCGUGUGCCGAACUUGUCGGCGUUCUCGCUGAAGUGGCUCUUUUCGGCGAGGCGGGAAGUGUACUACCACCCCGAGGCCCUCGCUCACUUCAAGGACCACCAACAGUACAAGGACGCCGUGGACAUCGUCCGAGCGAUGCACGUCUCCGACAAGUUCUUUGGUGAAGGGCAGAAGCUCCCGCACCACUUCUUGUCCAAGCUGACGGCGGUGGUGGUAAUUCAUGCUCUGCUGGUCUACUCCGUGGUGCGCUACUAUUACAGCACCUACAUCCCCGCCAAUAACCCAACCUGGCGGAAGGUGGUGAACAAGGAGUGGGAGGAGGCUAUCAACACCUCACCGUGGGAUCACAUGUCGCAUGUCUGGCAGUACAGCGACCAGUACGCGGCGGUGAUUGGUGAAACCGUCUCGCCAGGGCCGCGGAAGUUCUACAUUCCGGCGUAG